GAGUCUUGCCGCUUGUGGCAGACGACAUUCUUCUAUGUGAGGAAUGCGGGCGACGAGGACCUCAUCAACCUGCCGGCAUUCAAUCCGGCGCCUCCAGCCAAGACUAAUUGGCAGUACAACCCCGGAAGGGAUCACGCCGAGACGAACCGGGUGGUGCGCUUCAUGCAGAGGUUGAUGAAGGACACCGACAUCUGCUCCGACGAUAUCAUCCGCACUUUCAUCAGCCGCCGGGUGCUUCCCCUCCAGCGGCGUGCUCACAAGAUCAGUGAGAUGUACGGCCCCGGUGAUCCUACUAAGAUCACCGGCCUGGCCCUGAGCAAGGAGGACGUGGUCCUUAAGGCUAGUCAGAUCUGCCAAACUGACAUGCCGGAUGACUGGGAGUGGGGCCUUUGCCCCCUCAGCGCCAGGAACCCUCCGUCCGAAGAUGCCAAGGCCCGCUUCCCCCGGAUCGAUUCAGACCGGCGAGGCCCUCGCCAGAAGAGGCCCCUGGACAAGUACGAUCCGGAUCCUGUCAUUCAUUGGCUGGAUCUAAGGAUGGGCCGGACCCCGACUUCCCGCCUCGGCAAGUCUCCGCCGGAACCUGCUGGUUCGUCUGAUGACUUGACCAUACUCGAGGUAGCUUUCCUGUUCGUUUUCUUAUACCCUUUUUGUUACUUCCAAUCUGUAGAUCUUCCCUCAGCCAGCAACAAACCACAGGUCCAUGAGCAUGUCCCCCCGCUGCAGGCCGAGGUUGGCGACGAGUUUCUGGGCAAGCUCAUGGCCGAGGGCCAAAAGAGCGAUCCUCCAGCUGCCGACGCCGGCCCCAGCCAUGCUUCUUCCGGCAAACGCCCUCGGACUGAGGUUAUUGGUGGGAAGCAGGUGGGCACCAAGCGCUAUAAGCAGAAGCGGAUGCCGAUGUCUUCCGGCCCUGCGCUUGAGCUUGGCUCUGCCGGCUCCGCUGGCUCCACCGGCUCCGCGAGGACUUCAACUCCUCCUCCUCACUCAAGUCCGGUACCAUCUGGUGCCGGCAACACCUCUGCCUCCCCUUCGGGAGGCACUACAAGUUCGGGGCGCGCGGCCCCAACACCUCCAGAUCACCGCGCGGAGGAGGACUUCACCUCCCCUCCAGAGACCCAAGACACCGGCGCCAGCAACAUCGGCGCCGGCCAGACUGAAGCCGGGCAGGCGGAACCUCUGGUUCCUCCUCCCCCGAAGAAGAAGAAGAAAGAAGCAAGCUCUUCCCCUACCGCGCCGGAUGCUUCCGCGCCGGUACCUUCUCCUCCCAAGGCCACGCCGACACCGCCGCCUAGCCAAGGACCUUCCGCGGCCAAGCAACCGGCGCCGUCGGGGACUCCCAAGAUCACCACUUUCCUCAAGCCCGGGGCUUCCCGCGGCAAGGCUGUGGAGGGCGGCGCCUCUGGCGCUUCAGGAGAUGUGGUGCUGCACGUUGGCCCCGCCGCGCUCGCUGCACAAGACAAGCCCACCGGCCUCCUGGGCCGGAUUGUUAAUCUGAAGCGCGCGGGCAAGGACCUGGGGCACCUUCUCCCUUAUGCCCAGAAGUGGAAUGAGGCGGAUAUCUCUGCUUCUACCCGCGGCCUGGGGAAGGAUCGCCUUCCGGCACCGGAUCCCGCCGGGGCCCGGUCUACUGAAGAACAUUUCACGCGGCUUAAACGCGCCGUGAAAGAGUUCGACAGUGCUUGGUACGAUGCCACCAACAACGUGGUGAGCACUGCUGACACCCGGAAGCAACUCUUCGAGGAGCUUCUGUGGGAGCACCGGGAGCUUGCUGAGGCCCACAGCCACUGCCAAGUUGUUCCGGAAGCUAGCCUCGAGGCCCUGAAGGCCCAGGUUGCCAAGCUUCAAGGCGAGAAGGAGCAGCUCCUUAAGGAGCACAACGAGGUGCUUGGAGGCCCGGAAGACCGCCCUGGGGAGCUCAAGGAGCAGGCUAUACAAGCCGCGCUCCGGCAUGAGCAAGCCUUGAAGGACGCCGGGUAG